AUGUGGACCAGAGACCGCCCUCAUGGUGAUGUUUUCAUGGAGACUGUGGAGGCUUAUCAAGAUGAGGAGUGGAUGAGCCACUUUCGCAUGUCACGUCCAACGUUCCAAUACCUGCUGGACCUACUCACCCCUGCACUUACUAUGCAGACCACCCACUACCGGACACCUAUCCAGCCAAGGAGGAGACUGGUGAUUGCGCUGUGGUGGUAUGCUACGCCAGGAGAGUACCGCACAAUCUCCUGUUUGUUCGGUGUUGGGAUCUCCACUGUCUGCAGUGUUAUACACCAGGUGACGAAGGCUAUACUGGAUACACUAUACAAAAGGUUUUUCUGCUUACCGCAAGGGCAGCGCCUAGAUGACACCAUCAAAGGCUUUGUGCAACGUGGGUACCCUCAGUGUGCCGGUGCCAUCGAUGGGACCCAUAUCCCCAUCAUUGCCCCCCGUGACAACCCGGCGGAUUAUUAUAACCGCAAGGGAUGGCAUUCCAUUGUCUUACAGGCUGUGGUUGACCAUAAAUACUGCUUCACUGAUGUAUAUAUUGGCUGGCCUGGGCGAGCACAUGACGCUCGUGUUCUUGCCAACUCCGAUUUGUACAAGAUUGCGGAGGACAAGCAGGGUGGAUGGCUUUUUCCCAGAGAGAAAUCAAAGACAGUGUAUGGGGUGGACAUCCCAGUCCACAUCAUUGGGGAUGCAGCCUACCCUUUACGCCACUGGCUAAUGAAGGGAUACACCCAGCAUUUGCAGCUGUCUCCCAUCCAAGUGGCAUAUACCCACACUCUGAGUUCGGCACGGAUGGUGCUGGAGAAUGCCUUUGGCCGCCUGAAAGGACGUUGA